AUGGCCGCGGAGGCGCAGCCCCCGCCGGCCCCGCUUCGCUCCGCGCCGCGCCCGCCCCGCGCUGCCGCUCCCCCGCUCCGCGGCGGCCUUGGUGCUCCCCCUUCCUCCCCCGCCCGCGGGGAGCGGGCCCUGCCCGCCCAUUGGCUGCGCGCGUCACGUGGGCCGCAGCUCGCGCUCGUCACCGAGCGGGCGGGGCUGGCGGCGCCUCCGCCCCCGGCGCUCUCCCGGCGGGAUCGGGGCUCUCCCGACGGCUCCGGGGCUGUCCCGGCGGGAUCGGAGCGCUCCUGGCCGCUCCAGGGCUCUCCUGGCGGGAUCGUGGCUCUCCCGACGGCUUCCCCGCUCCGCCCGGGCUCCGGCCGCGCCUCGGGGUGUUCCUGCAAGAGGAGCGGGGCAGCGGGACGGGCUGAGGUGCCCUCAGGGCCCCGAGGCUCCGGCGGGCUCGUCCUGUGGCGUGGGAAGCGGGGAGUCCCUGCAGCCGCUGCCUCCGCCGCUCUUGGGCGAGGGGCACCCGUCACUGGGGAGCGGAAACGUCAGGGGGAAAAAAAAACAACCCAACAACCAAAAACCAACAUAGGGCAUGCCUGA